AAAUCCAAAAUUCCAACUUAUAAAAAUUCCGACCCGACCCAUAUGCGUUAACAUAUUUGCUUCUUCUUCUUUUUUCUUCUCUCCUUUUCUCUGCGAAGAAUCUUAGAGAGAAGGAGAGAUUUUGAGAUCCUUCAUUGCUGCAAAGCAUAAGGCUUCAGUUUCUUUAAUUAAUUUUUUUGGUUUCUUUCAUUUUCUUUAAUUAAUUUUUUUGGUUUCUUUCUCCUCAAGGGCUGAGCUAAGUAAGUAGUCAUAAUGGGGAGUUGUGCGUCAACACCCGCUAAAAGAAUCGUAGCACAAAGAAGGCACCGUCGUCGGUCUCGGAAAUCCCAUCGAAAGGUUUCCAGUGCCCUAACGGAUGGACCGAUGAAAAGGAAUAGUAAUGCCCGUGUAACAGACAUCGCGGUUGGCGGAUACAUGCAUAUGGAUUUCGAGAAGGGUGCAACCCUCACUCGUAGAAUAUCUGAGGUUUCAAACUCAACAUAUCAUGUCACCCAAAUGCAAUGGCAUCGUAGCCAAUUCGAUGCCAAAUCAAACGGCUGCUGCCAAGACGAUGCUUGGUUCGAUUCGUGUAGUAUGCUGGAAGACGAUUCCGAUGAUGACUUCAUUAGCAUUCACGGAGAUGGUAUUCCGUCAAGUGGUAAGGUGAUUCAAUACGAAAGUUCGUCGUGCUUUGUGGAUGGCAAGUGUAAAUACGAAGAAUACCGUGAAAGUUUUUUAAAAGUCGAUCAUCCUAACGGAGGAAGCUUUAAAGGUUCCAAAGAGGAUAGGCGUAGUGAUUUGGAAGAGAAAAGCGUACGAUACGAGAAAAAGUUAUCAGUUUAUAGGCUUUCCGUUAGGCAAGGGUCAUGUGAUGCGGAAGACAGUUUCGAUGAACAUUCAGCGAAACGGCUUUUAUUUCGUCCCAAAGCUGGAUCUAUAAUUCCGUGUAACAAAGAUGAUAGACUAAAUCAAGGAUAUUGGUCUGAGAUUCCGCCCUCGACGUUUAAACUCCGAGGCGAGACUUAUUUCAAAGAUAAACAAAAGUGCCCUGCUCCGAUUUUCUCUCCAUAUACUCCGAUAGGCGUCGACUUAUUUAUCUGCCCGAGAAAGAUACAUCACAUCGCACAACAUGUCGAGCUUCCUAAUGGAAAACUCAAUGAGAAAAUCCCUCCUCUUCUAAUUGUUAAUAUUCAAGUAAGUUCUCGACAUACCGAUAGAAAAAUGCUCGGUUUAAUUCAUUACAUCGGAUCUUGCUAUCGUCUAGUGUCAUGUCACCUGUUGCAGUUGCCUACUUAUCCCGCUGCAAUGUUCCUCGGUGACGCUGAUGGUGAAGGAAUGAGUCUUGUUCUUUAUUUCAAAGCUUCCGAGAAUAUCGAAACCGUCAUCUCCGAGCAAUAUCAAGAGAGCAUCAAGAAAUUUGUCGAUGACGAGAUGGAGAAGAUUAAAGGAUUCACGAAAGAGACCACCGUUCCGUUCCGAGAAAGGCUAAAGAUCAUGGCUGGAUUGGUUAAUCCUGAUGAUCUCAAUCUGAAUGCUACCGAAAAGAAACUCGUAAAUGCUUAUAACGAAAAGCCGGUUCUCUCGCGCCCUCAGCACGAAUUUUAUCAGGGGUCUGAUUACUUCGAGAUCGAUUUAGACAUUCAUCGCUUCAGUUACAUAUCAAGGAAAGGACUUGAGUCAUUCAGAGAUCGUUUGAAGAACGGAAUACUUGAUCUCGGUUUAACCAUCCAGGCACAAAAACAAGAAGAGCUGCCGGAGCAAGUUUUGUGCUGUUUGAGGUUAAAUAAGAUCGAUUUUAGCGAUAACGGCCAAAUACCAACGCUUACGAUUAGAGCCGAUACUUGAGGGUGGUUGUCGAUGAUGCUGGAGACGGCUAUUGAAAGAUUUAGAAAACUUGGUAUUAACAAGAUAUUCAUUUCUGCAAUUUCUAGCUUUUUGAAGAAGAAAAAACACUCUUUUUUUUUUUUCAGUGCAAAUGUAUAAAAUGUGUAAUUCUGGGAAUAAAAUUACAAAGCUGUUAUGUUUGAAACCACACAAA